GGCGGCGAAAAAAAAAAAAAAAAAAUUAACGGGCGAUCAGACAACUUUCUCAUCCAACUUCCCUUCCCUGCUGUUUUUCCCUGCUUAUUCUUACAUAUAUUUAUAUAUACCCGUUAACAUUGUCCCUGAGCUUCUAAUACUCUUCCCCUUCCUAGGGCGAGCCGCUUUUCGCCAACCAUCUAUCCUAACUUCGUGGGGUUCUGCAGUCUUAUCAGUCAAACAUUUUGAUAUCAAGAUUCGGUGCUCACCCCUCCGCCCCUCCUCCAUAUUGACAACAUUAUUACCUUGUAAUCUUGCAAGAGCAUGAGCUUGUCCCCGCGCACAUUUUAUUUAAUCCCAUAAGGGCACUAGCUCGAGUUGGGAAGAAUCUGCAUGCGAAGAAAGGGGUCAUUUCGUUUCCCUCGCCAUUUGCCACUGUCCUCUCGGACCCAAGUUCCAGCUGGGGCUUUAGCAAGGUUGUCUCUUUUUGCCUUUUCACUUCUUCUUCUUCUUCUUCUUUUUUUUUUUUUCCUCUUCCCUUUUUACGUUCUUCUUUACUUGUAUAUUAUAUGCUCUAGACGAAGUCGGACGACCCUUCUUGUUGAAAGAAAAAUCGCGAGAAAUCAUGUCACCUAUCGCAGAGCAGCAGCUCAGUAAGGCGCCCACCGAUUCCAAGGGCCAUACGGUAGCCCAAAAUGACAUUUCCAGAGAUUCUGAAACAAAGGUAGAAGCAUCUGAUUCACAAGCUCAACCCGCGAAUGGGGAUUCCACGGGUCUCACCAUUGCGGGAGAUCGAUCACCCAGGCAGCAUCGAGCCAGUAUAGGAAGGAGGGUAACAACACGCCCAUUGCCGCACCCUUCGUCCAGCUCUCUGAACUCGCUAAGUAGUCAAAUUCAUAGCCUUAACUUUGAGACGGUUAUUCAAGAUGACGACGAGCCCGGAAUUCGGCAUCGCGAUAUUGAAGAGAACCCACAUGCCCAACGUUCCCUGUUCGCUCAAGUCCUCGACUGGUUGCAGCAUGAGAAAGCCAAGGCUGUAGCGCGUGCCUCCAAGAGAGCCGGUGACUCGCAGGCAACCCUGCCAGAUAUCACCACCGGAGAUGCAACCUCAACUUUAACUCGAGGGAGAAGCGACUCUCAAGCGUCGGAGGGAACAUUGGCUCUGGAGAAGUUGGAGCAGAUUUUAGCGCAAUAUGCGGUUUCUGGGAUAGAGGGCAUUUCAUCUGCCCCGAUUGGACGUAAGAGAUCGUCAUCUUCUCUCAAACGGCGAGCUGGCAUUAGAUGUUUAAGACGGGGUUCAACUUCUGAUUCUGAUUAUUCGGACGCUGAUCAACCACCCCCCAGUGCCGAUGUUGUCCUUGAUAACUCCAAAACUCUCUUGUAUGGCGGAGGUGAAGCAGACAAUGAUUUUGGAAGCCAGAGUUCAUUGAACAACCUCCCCGCUAAAGCCAAAGGACAUUGGUUAAAAUUCAAAUUUGAAAUCGUGCGCUUGACGCACACCCUAGGCUUCAGGGGCUGGAGAAGAAUUCCCCUCGAAGACUGUAGUAACAUUGAAGUUGUCCGCCUCAGCGGAGCGCUAACAAAUGCUGUGUAUGUUGUCUCUCCGCCGAAGAAUUUACCACUUCCAUCUUCGAGUGGCUCGAGCUCAGUCAUGCCUAGACACCCUCCGCCACAACUCUUACUCCGCAUCUACGGGCCACAAGUAGAACAUUUAAUCGAUCGGGAGAGCGAACUCCAGAUUCUACGUCGUCUAGGGAAGCGGAAUAUUGGCCCCCGGGUCCUAGGCACGUUCAACAAUGGCCGCUUCGAACAGUAUUUCCAUGCAAGAACUCUCACGCCAAGAGACCUUCGCAAUCCAGAGACCUCUAAGCAAAUCGCCAAGCGAAUGAGGGAGCUGCAUGACGGGAUCGAACUACUCCCCGAAGAAAGGGAAAGCGGCCCGUUUAUAUGGAAGAACUGGGACAAAUGGGUUGAGCGGUGCGAACGGGUCGCGUCGUGGCUGGAUAGCGAAAUCAAGUCUCCCCUUAAUCAGUCCAAGCUCGAAUCGGAGCCAUGGCGGCGACAUGGUUUUGUAUGCGGCGCCCCAUGGCCAAAGUUCCGGAAAUUAGUUGAAUCCUAUCGCAAGUGGCUGGAUACAUGCUAUGGUGGAGCACCUGAGAUUAACAAGCAGCUUGUGUUCGCUCAUAACGACACACAAUAUGGCAAUCUUCUUCGCCUUGAACCAAGUGGAGAGUCUCCUCUUCUACUCCCAGCCAACGAACAUAAACAGCUUGUAGUUAUUGACUUUGAGUAUGCGUCCGCGAACACUAGAGGCCUGGAAUUCUGUAACCACUUUACGGAAUGGUGCUACAACUACCAUGACCCAGAAAGAUCGUGGGCCUGCAAUACGAAAUGGUAUCCCACCCCAGAAGAACAGGAUCAAUUCAUUCGCGCAUAUCUCAACCAUCGGCCACGCACCUUCCACCCACCGGAAACCCAGUCUGCGCCUACGUCCUCGGCGGCUUCGAUGAGCGCAGCUUCAAGCACGGCACCAACGCCAGUAUUUCAUGCAUCGCAUUCCAAUAGUCCUCGGAUAACUCCCUUCAUGCUCGAUACUCAAGUUCCGCCGUUUCCCACGUCAUCGUCCCAGGAUCACGAGCGGGCCGAACAAGCACUCGACCUAGAAGUUCGACGUCUUCUCCGCGAAACUCGCCUCUGGCGUGCAGCCAACUCCGCGCAAUGGGUGGCUUGGGGGAUUGUCCAGGCCAAAAUCUCGGGGAUGGAAGAAGCUCUCGCCGCUUCGUCUGCUCCCGUCGAGGCAGAGUCUGGGACAACAGGAGAAGAAACAAAGAGUGACACUAUCGAAUUGGACCGCAGGAGUGAGCAAUCUAGCGAUACGAUCGGUGAGCCUGUAGGUGAGUUUGAUUAUCUGGCCUAUGCUCAGGAUCGGGCACUCUUUUUCUGGGCGGAUGUUCUAUCGCUCGGGCUUAUUAAAGAGGCCGAGCUGCCUCCUGACAUGGCUCAGCGGAUCAAGGGGCAUAUUCUUGGGUAUUGAGAGUAACAUGCAACACACAUGUGAGGGAAAGGAUCGAUAAGUUGGUCGUUGGUCGGGGCAAGUGGUAGUUCAGUAUGGCUGUGAGUCUGCCCUGCCCUGUAGAUACACCUACAUGCCCGAGAACGCCCCCUUUUUUUUUGCUUUAAAGUUUCUUCUUUUAGGAUAGCUGUGCAAUUCCAUUUUACCUGUUUCUUUUUCUCUAUCUUUUCCCAUCCGUUCACCUCGUAAAAAUUGCAUUAAUGACCGAAGGAAACUUUGGUUAGUUACAUUGCAUUUUCAGUUUCAUUUUCUUACAAUUGCUCGAGUCUUCCAUUUACUAUUCCUAGAGGGUGCUACUAUACCUACCUUUACGUCUAUUAAUUUUUCUCUAAUAUCCCUCACAUCUAAAUUGGGUGCCUUAGAAAGAUUAUGCUUUCUGGCCCCCUUUUCUGUGAUAUGGAACUUUGAUUUUUGGCGAGGGCCGGGGUUAGCAGUUGAAUUUGACUUUAGUCGUUUUGGCAGGUCGACAUUAUUAUUCAAUCGCAGGAAUAUAUUCCACCUUUGAUAGAUUUCUACGCGCGGGAAUUAUGAAGAUACCCAUGGAAACGACUUCUGCUAGGUACACAACCAAAGGCGUUAAACUUCAUGCAAGCCACCUCCCCAAUGAACCCAACAAAAUUGCACCUCCGCAAUGCAUUUUCCCAUUCCCACGCCCUUCUCUUCCUCCUCUCCCUAUCCAACAUCUCUACAUCCCCGAUCUCGAGCGCCCUCACUCUCAAAUCCCUCACCACCGCCAUCAGAUUAAAUCGAAUUUCUCCCUCCGGGUACCUCGCAAUCCUCCUCUGCAACACUUCAAUAACCUUUUCCGGAAACGACGAUUCAUCGCAACUGCCGUGGCUAAUUGGAAACGGCUGUAGCCCAUCCAACUCAUAUAAAACGCCGUUGAACGGCGUGUAGGCGAUGAAAUGAUAGAGCUCCGCGUCCUCUUCAGAAACAGGCGGGCGGGACGUUUCAUCGACGAACGGCGACGCGCGCGCAAAGGCAUUAUGCGAGGCUCUAAUCCGCGCGGAAUUACUUAGUGCCUCGCCGCGUAGGUCUGGCGGGAAACCUGUUGUGAAGUCCUUGAAGUCGCGGAGUUCGGGCCCGAUGUCGAUGCCUGCUUGUGAGGAUUGGGAGGCGAGGGAAUCUUGGUUGAGGAUUACGGAGAGGACGGCUUGCGUGCCGCAGGCGUUCUGGAUCGUUUGGGCGGCGAAGAAGAGCCCAUUAUCGGUUGCGGCGCGGUCGUAGGUGCCAUCCUGUGGAGCAGCGGAGUCGCGUGACUGGCCGCCGGCCCAUUUGAAGAGGAAAAUUACUCCAUAUACGGGACUGUGUGAUUUGAGGCGAGCAAUGGGUCAGUGGGUUACUUGUGCAGGCCAAACGGAUGGAGAUAAUAUAGGUGGGCAGGGGUGAGUUCUAUACCUUAAUGACCUGAUUGUGUCUGCAUCGAGAGAUAUAAGCUCUUCGAACUGGACGUCUUUGACGCCAAGAUUUUCAAUCAAUGAAGUGAAAACGCCCUGCGCUCAGCAAUGGACACGGUCAGCCAAAUGGCAUGGGAAGCUUGAACACUAAUUAAUAGAGGGAACCGGACAUUCUUGAUCGCGGCAAUUGUGGAAGAUGAGUGGAGGGAAAGCGACAGACCUCGUCUGAUUCGAUAGUACUCCAACCUCCGGCGUCUGUCAUGAUUCCGUUGGGUUUCCUUUACUAACGGAUAGUUCUUCCUCUUAAUAGAUUUCUUUCCUAAUUCUCUGCAAUUUCCCGUACGUCCUGGCAAAUAAUCUAAGUCAAAUUAUGUAUCUUUGGCCCUUGUUUGGAAGUUGUCGCAGCGCUGUUAUUUCUUUCUCAUUGAUGUCAAAGGCCUGUUUGUGGCCGAUGCAAACUUGCUAUUUGUGGUUUAGCGUGUCAAAUCCUCUUCCUUCCCAACUUCCAUCACUAUGAGAAGGAAUAUAAAAAAAGAUUGAGAUAAGUUUACAAGAGUUCUCUAACAACUUAAAGCAAGAGCGGUCAACAUUGGAGAAUGACAAAUGCUAUUUAUGCCGUGCUAGAUGGCGUGGGGAAUGCCUCUGCGUCGUCAUGGAUUUUGGAUUAGGGCACUGGACAGGCGGUCGUUGGAAUAAUGAAAUGGCGAAAGAGCUAACAUGUCAACGUAUAAAUGGAAGCUUGAACAACUUUCAUGGAGGUAUCAAAGAGUGAAGUCUUGAAAGCUCUGCUGGCAAGCAGGUGAAUAUCUGAUUUACAACAAUAACCAAAACAUGCUUGGCCAGUUAGUAUGGAAUUACGGCGUCAUCAUGAUUCAUUUUCUAGGUAGAUCGAAAUAUGAAGAGAGCUCUGAUUAUCAGGUUAUGAGCCUGUAUCAAUCAAUAGUCCGCUUGAAAGGCCCGCGGGGGCCCACAGCAAGGCAGCAUAACGAUAUAUUGCAACUACUCGGAUUGUGAGAAAUCGCAUUUCGAGAAUCAAUUCUGGCCUGGGUAGGCCAGGAGAGCAAUAUCGGAGAGAAUAGCAGGGACCUGAUAUGUAUUUAGCCAGCAGCCGCA